AAUUGAUACUGAAUAUAGUCAAUGAGGAAUAAAAUUUAAAUCAUCCUAUAUUGAAAACAUCUGCUGAUAUUCUAGCCUCUUCUAGAUAUCUAAUGUUCUCUAGUCCAUGUGUACCAGUCUAUGCUUAUUAACUGUCUUGAGGCAGAACACAACUUGCAAAGGGACAGUGAUCCAAAAAGGCUUGUGUCUGUACAGGUACUAUAAGCAGAGAGACUUAAUUUUUAGCCUAAAUCAUAUUCAGUGCUUGGAGACAGCUUUUUUUCUUUCUUUCAAAAUAAGGUUAAAUUAAAAAAAAUCUAAGUUUAAAUGAAGCACUUAAAUGAAUGCUUUGCAGCAGUGAUUGAGAGCCAGAAAUGCUUUUAAUAAUAUGCCCUCAUGCUGAUGCCCUCUUGGGAUUUGAGGGAUUUUCUAAUGCAAGCCAUAAUGUGUAAUUCAUUAGCUACCAGUAGCUGGGGUUCUGAAUCUGCCUGAGCCAAUGAAUUAAUUUUAAUUUCUAAAAAUAUAUGUAAAAUAUUGUUUUAUGUUAAUCCCAUAUAUGAUAAUGGAUUUUGGAUGGCAGUAUCAUAAAUCUAGCAUAAAUCAUACAACUGGGUAUGAAUUAACAUCUAGUUUAAAGGAAUUAGGGUGAACAGAUUAAUUUUGAAAUACUUGAAUGACAUGUGCUGAGCAUGUUUACAAACGUGGAACAAAUACACAUAUGUUUGUGUAUCUGUCUGUCUUUUUAGUUAUGCACAUUGCUAAAUUUCAGGGUGUUCUCUAAAACUCCCAUCUGGAAUUGUACAUGUCUGUGUGUGCAUCCAUGCAGAUAUAAAUGUCUCUCUGGUAUCAUAAAGAAAUGACUACAGGAUAGAUGCCACAAUUAUUAUUUAUCUGCAUUUAUAAUUGCCUAGGAAAAAUUUUGUAAGAUGUUUUGUUUUCACUGACAGAUUUCAAAUAAUGCAAUGCUACUCCAUGGGGUGCAUAAAAGCAAUAAAAAUAGAGUAAUUAAAGCUUCAGUUCACCCAGUUUAAUUGUCAAAAUACUUCUGUGAGUUAGAUUAAAGGAAAAGGAUUUUCAGAAGAACAAUAAGAUACAAAUUAUAUUGAAGGGCAGGCUGAAAAGUUUCACCUUUUCUUUGGACAAGCAAGAUAACCUAAAACUAUGUAUUUUAAGACACCGGUUGAUGCCUCAAAAUAACAGAGUAAAUACAACAGCAUUUUUUUCAUAACUUUCAGCAAUUCAUUUUGGGUGUUUUUAUAUCAAAAGUUUGUGCUGUAACCAGGAAGUCAAAAUUAACCUGAACAUGAAUGGAAAAUGCCACUGACUAUUUUUUCUCAGACCAGAACUCAUUGUGAUUAGCUUUUCAUGUCUGAUUUGAAAUUUCCCUAGAACUGAACCAAAUAUCAGGAUUUUUCAUUUGCUAGAUGAGAGAGUACAAGCAGGGAGAAAAACAGUUGUUGCUUAGCUCAUCCAGCAGAGUUGGAGCCUUAUUUGGACCUUUCUUCUCUGGUUUGCCCAGUGGCCCCAUAGCACAAGUAACAUGAAUUCCCACUUCUGUGCUGUGUUUGGUUGCAGACCCUGGCAGGGACCUGCUCAGGGUGGAGGGGGUGGUUUCCUAAGGUUACCUCUUAACUGAACUACUUCUGGGAAAAUGGGGUGAUCAGUCUGUGGCAAAGGAUUGUGUAUUGUGGUUUAUAAGUAGGCACUGUAAUUGAUUAGGGGGAAUCAACUGCCUGAGCUUCUCCUUCCCAAAAUUUGAGAGUACUUAGAUAACCCAUCUAUAUGUGUCCAUGCCACAGGGAUAUAUUUAACAGAACAGAGAGCAACAACCUUGUCCUCCCUAUGCUUUUAGCUUCUGCGGCUCUUAGUGCUGGGACUACCUAAACUCCCAUUGUGGUCCAAAGUGUGACAAAGCCUCCAGCAGCUCAGCCACAGCUGCCAGAGAAACUGGGAAAACAGAUGAUGUUCAGCCUCUGAAAACAGUAAAAAUGACCAACGCUGUGACAUUGUGCUGGGGCACUGGCCCUUGUCUCAUGAUCUUUCUCUUUUAAAAUGUUAUGGUCACUUACAUAAAUCAGCUUGAACCAAUUCAAACCAGUUAAAAUUUUUUCAUCUCUUAUACCAAAUCAUUACUGGACUAACCUAAAAGUCAGAGAUCUGUUUCUGUCACAGCAGUGCCUAGAUGCUAAUUGCACUACACAUGCAGUGGUUUGACUUCUUUCCUGUGAUCCUUCAUCUCUGGUGGAAACCUGUACUGAGCAAGUUACAAGAAGCUGAAUACAUACUCUGGUGACUGAAAAGUCAUCCACAAGGAUACUUCUAAGGAGUGUCAAAGCAAGCACAGAAAUGUAACCUGGAAUAAUUUAGCUAUCCCAGACACCCACUGUUCCAGAGAGCUAGAAGAAGGUUACCAGUGCCCACCUGGAUUUAAAUGCAUGGACCUUGAAGAUCUGGGACUAAGCAGGCAAGAGCUGGGCUACAGUGGCUUUAAUGAGAUAGGCACAAGCAUAUUUACUGUUUAUGAAGCGGCUUCUCAGGAAGGCUGGGUGUUCCUUAUGUACCGAGCAAUUGACAGUUUUCCCCGAUGGCGUUCAUAUUUCUAUUUCAUCACCUUAAUUUUCUUUCUGGCCUGGCUUGUUAAGAAUGUUUUUAUUGCAGUCAUCAUUGAAACGUUUGCAGAAAUUAGAGUGCAGUUCCAGCAGAUGUGGGGGUCCAGGAGCAGUACUACUUCAACUGCCACCACCCAGAUGUUUCACGAAGAUGCUGCUGGAGGUUGGCAGCUUGUGGCUGUUGAUGUGAAUAAACCCCAGGGCAGAGCUCCUGCAUGUCUACAGAAAAUGAUGAGGUCAUCUGUGUUUCAUAUGUUCAUACUAAGCAUGGUUGCUGUCGAUGUGAUUGUUGCUGCUAGCAACUACUAUAAAGGAGAAAAUUUCAAGAGACAAUAUGAUGAAUUUUACCUUGCUGAGGUUGCUUUUACAGUUCUGUUUGAUUUAGAAGCUCUUCUGAAGAUCUGGUGUUUGGGUUUCACAGGAUACAUCAGCUCAUCUCUUCACAAGUUUGAGUUGCUGCUUGUAAUUGGAACCACUCUCCAUAUUUAUCCAGACCUCUAUCACUCUCAAUUUACAUAUUUUCAGGUUCUAAGAGUAGUUCGGCUUAUAAAGAUUUCUCCUGCUUUGGAGGAUUUUGUGUAUAAGAUCUUUGGACCAGGAAAAAAACUUGGAAGUUUGGUAGUAUUUACUGCUAGCCUUUUGAUCGUAAUGUCAGCAAUCAGUUUACAGAUGUUUUGCUUUGUGGAAGAACUGGAUAGAUUUACAACCUUUCCAAGGGCAUUCAUGUCAAUGUUUCAGAUUCUCACACAGGAAGGAUGGGUGGAUGUCAUGGAUCAGACACUGAAUGCUGUAGGACAUAUGUGGGCACCAGUAGUUGCUAUUUAUUUUAUACUGUAUCAUCUUUUUGCUACUCUGAUUCUACUCAGCUUGUUUGUUGCUGUUAUUUUGGACAACUUGGAACUUGAUGAAGAUCUGAAGAAACUUAAACAACUAAAGCAAAGUGAAGCUAAUGCAGAUACAAAGGAGAAGCUUCCCUUGCGUCUACGCAUCUUUGAAAAAUUUCCAAACAGGCCACAAAUGGUGAAAAUCUCAAAGCUUCCUUCAGAUUUCACAGUUCCAAAAAUAAGGGAAAGUUUUAUGAAGCAGUUUAUUGAUCGCCAGCAGCAAGAUACCAGCUGUUUGCUGAGAAGACUUCCUUCAGCAUCUUCUUCCUCAUGUGACCACUCUAAAAGAUCAGCAAUUGAAGAAAACAGAUAUAUUGAUCAAAAGGGUAAUCAGAGUACAUUUCUACCAUGUAAUGAAGAGAUGAACAAAGACCUUAAAGUUGUCUCAGCCACACAGCUCCGUAAAUCUGUUUUCAGCAUCAGAGCAAGAAACCUUCUGGAAAAAGAGACAGCAAUCAAUAAAAUUCUAAGGGCCUGCACUAGACAACGCAUGCUGAGCGGAUCAUUUGAGGGCCAGCCAGCAAAGGAAAGGUCAAUACUUAGUGUCCAGCAUCACAUACGACAAGAACGCAGGUCACUGAGACAUGGUUCGAACAGCCAGCGAAUCAGCAGAGGAAAAUCUCUUGAAACAUUGACUCAAGAUCACUCCAACACAGUGAGAUACAGAAAUGCACAGAGAGAAGACAGUGAGAUAAAGAUGAUCCAAGAAAAAAAGGAACAAGCUGAAAUGAAAAGGAAAGUCCAGGAGGAGGAGCUGCGAGAGAAUCACCCAUAUUUCGAUAAACCCCUUUUCAUAGUUGGCCGUGAGCACAGAUUCAGGAACUUCUGCCGAGUGGUGGUACGGGCUCGCUUUAAUGCUUCUAAAACAGAUCCUGUUACUGGAGCUGUGAAAAAUACCAAAUACCAUCAGCUUUAUGACUUGCUGGGUUUGGUUACUUACCUGGACUGGGUCAUGAUCAUUGUUACGAUAUGCUCCUGCAUUUCCAUGAUGUUUGAAUCCCCUUUUAGAAGAGUUAUGCAUGCUCCAACACUCCAGAUUGCUGAAUAUGUUUUUGUAAUAUUCAUGAGCAUUGAGCUUAAUCUGAAGAUUAUGGCAGAUGGCUUGUUCUUUACACCAACAGCUGUCAUUAGGGACUUUGGAGGAGUUAUGGACAUAUUUAUAUAUCUUGUGAGUUUGAUAUUCCUGUGCUGGAUGCCUCAGAACGUCCCUGCCAAAUCUGGUGCUCAGCUCUUGAUGGUGCUCCGCUGCCUCCGACCUCUUCGAAUUUUCAAACUGGUCCCUCAGAUGAGAAAGGUGGUGAGAGAGCUGUUUAGUGGCUUCAAGGAAAUUUUUUUGGUUUCUAUUCUUUUGCUGACGUUAAUGCUUGUUUUCGCAAGCUUUGGAGUGCAGCUGUUUGCUGGAAAACUGGCUAAAUGCAAUGACCCUCACAUCAUCUCUAGGGAGGAUUGUCAUGGCAUCUUCAGAAUAAAUGUAAGUGUUUCCAAAAAUCUCAAUUUAAAGUUAAGACCUGGAGAGAAAAAGCCUGGAUUUUGGGUGCCACGAGUCUGGGCAAAUCCUCGGAAUUUUAAUUUUGACAAUGUGGGCAAUGCAAUGCUGGCACUAUUUGAAGUUCUGUCAUUAAAAGGCUGGGUGGAAGUCAGAGAUGUUAUUAUUCAUCGCGUUGGGCCGAUCCAUGGAAUCUACAUUCAUGUUUUUGUAUUCCUUGGCUGCAUGAUUGGACUGACCCUUUUUGUUGGAGUUGUCAUCGCUAAUUUUAAUGAAAACAAGGGGACAGCUUUACUGACUGUAGAUCAGAGACGAUGGGAAGAUCUGAAAAGCAGGCUGAAGAUAGCACAACCUCUUCAUCUCCCACCUCGUCCGGAUAACGAUGGCUUUAGAGCAAAGAUGUAUGAUAUAACUCAGCAUCCAUUUUUUAAGAGAACUAUUGCUGUACUUGUUCUGGCCCAGUCUGUGUUAUUAUCAGUUAAGUGGGAUGCUGCAGAUCCAGUAACUGUGCCUUUAGCAACAAUGUCUGUUGUUUUCACCUUUAUUUUUGUCCUUGAGGUCACAAUGAAGAUUAUUGCCAUGUCACCUUCUGGCUUCUGGCAAAGCAGAAGAAAUCGGUAUGAUCUCUUGGUGACAUCUCUUGGAGUUAUAUGGGUCAUACUUCACUUUGCCUUACUGAAUGCAUACACAUACAUGAUGGGGGCAUGUGUAAUUGUCUUCAGGUUUUUCUCCAUUUGUGGGAAACAUGUAACACUGAAAAUGCUUCUCCUGACUGUGGUUGUCAGCAUGUACAAGAGUUUCUUCAUCAUAGUGGGCAUGUUCUUACUGCUUCUUUGUUAUGCUUUUGCUGGAGUGGUGUUAUUUGGUACAGUGAAAUAUGGAGAGAACAUUAACAGGCAUGCAAAUUUUUCAUCAGCUGGCAAGGCUAUUACUGUACUCUUCAGAAUAGUUACUGGAGAAGACUGGAACAAAAUUAUGCAUGACUGCAUGGUUCAGCCUCCAUUUUGUACACCAGAUAACAGCACCUACUGGAAAACAGACUGUGGAAAUUACGCUGGUGCUCUUAUGUAUUUCUGUUCUUUCUAUGUCAUCAUUGCAUACAUCAUGCUAAAUUUGCUUGUUGCUAUCAUUGUGGAGAAUUUCUCAUUGUUUUACUCAACUGAAGAAGAUCAGCUUUUAAGUUACAAUGAUCUAAGGCAUUUUCAAAUUAUAUGGAACAUGGUUGAUGACAAAAGAGAGGGUGUAAUCCCUACAUUCCGAGUGAAAUUCCUGCUGAGGCUUCUGCGAGGCAGGCUGGAGGUGGAUCUCGACAAGGACAAGCUGCUGUUCAAGCACAUGUGCUAUGAAAUGGAGCGGCUCCACAAUGGUGGUGAUGUCACUUUUCAUGACGUCCUCAGCAUGCUUUCAUAUAGGUCUGUUGAUAUCAGAAAAAGUCUUCAACUGGAAGAGCUGCUUGCCAGGGAGCAACUGGAAUAUACCAUAGAAGAAGAGGUGGCCAAACAGACCAUACGAAUGUGGCUGAAAAAGUGCUUAAAGCGAAUCAGAGCAAAACAGCAGCAGUCGUGCAGCAUUAUCCACAGUCUACGAGAGAGCCAACAGCAGGAGUUGAGCCGAUUUCUGAAUCCUCCCAGCAUUGAGACAACACAGCCAAGUGAAGAUAUGAAUGCUCUUAAUCAAGAUAACAGUGCACAGCCAGAGACAAGUAGCCAGCAGCAGCUCCUUAGCCCGACACUGUCUGACAGAGGUGGCUAUAGACAAGACACUGGAGAUGCUGGGAAACCUCAGAGGAAAUUUGGACAAUGGCGCUUGCCUUCAGCCCCCAAACCAAUAAGCCAUUCAGUGUCUUCAGUCAACCUCCGUUUUGGUGGACGUUCAACCAUGAAAUCUGUUGCAUGCAAAAUGAAUCCCAUGUCUGAUGCUGCUUCCUGUGGAUCAGAAGUCAAGAAAUGGUGGACCAGACAAUUAACUGUGGAGAGUGAUGAGAGUGGAGAGGACCUUCUUGAUAUCUGAGAAGCAUUAAAGUCAUUUCCGUCACAAUCUAAUUUUCUAUGCUUAGAAUUAAAGAUGCUGUGAUGUAUGAUUUCUUUAAAAUCAAUGUCAUAAAUUUUCUCUUAUGCUUAUCCUCCUGCCAUAUGAAGUGUAGCCCACACUUCUGUGUUAGGAUUGACUUCUGUAGGUACUAACUGUACUCUAAGAAACUUGUAUACUAUAGCAGUACUAACAAAGCCAGAAAGACUAUAUUGCCUUUAGCAGACAGAACAUUGAAAGGUGCCACGUGUUCUGUAAAAUCAUAGUGAAAAUUUGAUAUACACACCUCUGUGUUUUCCUUCAACCUUUACCAUACUUUAAAGUGGCAGCACUUUACAAUACAGGGGUAAUGUAUUUCUUCUCAUUGCUUUCCUUACUUAGUAACAUUUCUUUAGAAAAAUUUUAUUAUUCACAAAUGACCUGAAGAGGUCAGCACUGACUUCAUGUUCAAGGGAAGUAUUUUUACUAAGUAUGGAUACUGAAUUACAAUACUAAGCUUUCACUGGACCUUUUUUAAAAUAUGCAAGAUACAGGAUUACUCAUUUUAAAAUUAGAAGGUGAAGGAUUGGCUUUUAAAAUGUAAAUAUCUUUGAGGUUUGGUUAAUUAUGCAAAGAGCUUGAUUUUCAUAGAGAAAAUGGGGGGGAAGAAAAAAAAUACAUGAAAAACUGUGCAUUUAAGCAUCCAGCAGAACACUUUCACAUGAAAAACAUGGGUUUAUGCUUCAUUUUCAGCAUAUACUGGUUACAUAUAUGUGUGGUGUCAUUAUUCUUCUUUUAAUUGGGUCCCAUUUUUCUUGUGUACUCCUAAGGUUUUCUUCUUGUCUGUGAUAAAAAUUAGCAUGUUGGGUAUUCUGAUUACAAAGUAAUAUUGUAUGUCUUUGAAAAUACGUUCAGUUUUGACUGCAUAGGUAGAAUUUUACUUACCCAUGUUACUGCUCAUGCUACAGGCCUGCAAAGGUAAGGCAUGGCAUUGUGCUGUGGCUGAGUACCUUUGUCCCUUUUAUCCCAGCACAUCAUUUUUGACAUGUUGGCCUUCACUUGUUUUGCGAGCCACCAAUAGCGCUACAUUAUCGCCAGUGAAAAAGCAGCUAUCGCUUUCAUGAAAGCUUUUCCAGUGAAAGGCCAAUGCUAUACGGAUACGGAUGUGGAGAAGGAGAGCCACAAAACACAACCAUGUUUGCUAGUUUCAGAAUGUAAGGCUGUCAAAAAAGGUGGGGUAAAAUUGUGCCCUUCCCUCAGGGAAGAACUAAGAGGUUGCAGAUUUUGUUGCUUGGCCCCUGACUAGGUUUUACAGCGUAGCUGGGACCUUUCUGUUACCAUUGUUUCCUAUGGAAAUGAUAGUUUGCUCUAACAUGGCCUGAUGUGAGAUCUUGUAAGAGGCUCACAGUUUAUCUACAUCAUCACUUCAAAAAUAUAUCCUUUCAAAAGCAGAAAAAAGCCAGUGUUUUGCAAUUUUUUCUGGCCAAGAUAUUAAUCAAAAAUGGCCAGAAUACGACAGUGAAAACACACAGAUGCCUUCACCAAAAAUGCAAAAUUAGUUUUGACUGUGAAAUACAGCUUUCUUGGCAUCUGUCAAUGUUUUUUCCCAGUGUAUGGUUGAACAUUGUUUAGAUUUUUUUUCUAAAAUAAUGAUAUUGAACUCAUCUGUAUUUUGUGGAGGAUUUAUGUGUUUUGGGGUAUAUUUAAGUUUAAAUAUAGUCAACUGUAACUCUAUAGUAAAAGAAUAUGUGCAUUCUCUUGUUUACCAGAUCAUGAACCAUCAACAAAACUUCAUAUGCAAAUCCAUUACUUUGUUCUGUUUUGUGCUUGUUUAAGUUGAGCUUUUGUAUAUAUAACAAAAAGACAAAUAUUGGAUUUAUAAAAGAGAGUAUCUCUGACAGUUCAAUAAUACAUUGAACUGCAGAUCAUUCUUGCUGCAAGCCUUCUUUUUAAAAACUAUGGCAAACAUUUUUUUCUUGCCUUACAGUACACUGUCAAUAAAAGUGAGUUGCUUUAAGCAAUAUUCCUCCCUC